UGUGUCUCGCUUACGUAAAUAGUUUGCUGCUUAUAGGCUGCCCAUCCUACGCGAGGUGCGUGAUAAACGUUUCGGUUUUGGCACUCUGUCGAGAUUCCGACGCGUGGGUGCUAUUCAACACUUGAGCUCUCGUCGUCAGCUAAAUGAUAUCGAACGUGCGUUGUCAUUUGCGGCAGUGUUUGGAGGACUGCUGAAGCGCCCUAGUUAACAGAAACUGUGCAUUGCUUUUGUCUAUAAGAGACCUGCUACCUCUGGAGGAGGUGUGUAACACGAUGCCACUCUGUCUGCGCGAAGACAUUUAGUGCAACGAUAACCAUCCACAGGGGACGUAUCCACGGUAGAUAAUUUACGUGUGCUGGAGCAGCAGUAAUAUGAACGGUUUAUCCUUGUGUAUACUCCAUAUAUUGAACUUUCAAAGACUACAUUUCAUUGCGCAACACCUGCAGCGGUCAUGAGCGCAUGUUUGUGUGAGAACGUGGAGGUGGUUGGUGACAGGUGUAAAGUGUUUGUUGUUGUAGAGUUCGUUUAGUAAGUUACAUAUUACAGGAAAGUUUGUAACCAGCGUCAGCACAACUGCUGAAGUGGAGUACGUAAGGAAGACAUAACCGCAUUUGCAGCCUACCAGAAACUAUUGAAAUGCGAAAGUUAAAAGAAGUUGAAGUUACUUGUAUAUUUUUACCUAGACUUUCCUGUUUCGAUUUUUGUCGCGAGAUGUUCGUACAGCUUCAACAGCGUAUUGCAUCAUCAUUGCCAAGGGAGCAUAGUUCAGCUUUAAGUGUGUAAAGGUGGUUUCUGAUAAGUGCGUUGUUUAUAUUGUCAUCGACUGUCCUUUAGUAAGAUAAAGAUAGAUGAAGGGGUGUUACCGGUGACAUUAUAAGUGUUUAACGGUAGUAGGUAAUAAAGGCAACAUAUAAUCACUUCCAGCUAAUCAUAAAACCCUGAAAUACAUAGAACUCAAAAAUUCUAAGUUGCCUGUUUAUUUAUUUAUUUAUUUUUCUUUCGCGUGACUUUCCACGGUGAGAUCUUUUGACGGAAGACAUUCAUAGAACUUUUAACAGGAAAUUUGAAGUGCGCAUUUCACGUAUUCAUUGCCGUGACUGCGGCGUCUGCAGUAUAAUAGAUACGACUUCUCUGGCGAAAACGCUUGCGCAUUCGAAAUGACAGUCUUCGCGUGUCAUUACGGGUGGAGGUAGCUUGAUACGAGCGAUUAAAAAGUCGUUCAGUUGCGACAGCAGCAGCUAGUGCACCGCCAGCGUACUCUGGACAGGGGGGUUAUCGCAUUAAACGGGCCCCAUUCGACGACAAAUGCUCAGCAAGGUCACACACAGCAGCUCCCUGGCCAGGCAGACCCCAGUGUAGUGGCAGAAGGCCGGCGGGCACCGCACGUGGGGAGUGAGAGACUGGAACCGUCCUGGGCGCAAAAGGAAAUUGCGCACACACACACACACACACACACACACACACGGGAGCGCGAGCGCGCUUGUGCUAUCAGAUAUGGUAAUGCGAUUCGGCUGACGCGCGACGCUUCAUGCAAGUCGUAUUUCGCCGCGAAGACACCGAGAGAGGCCCUCAGUCUGGUUCAGGAUAGCAAAAGCUGUACACGUAGUGCACCCAUCAUUGCCUGCUCGGAACUCUUGAUUGCAUUCCGCUGGAACAUCAGCAGUUGUGAAUUACUCCGUUAGUGAGACUGUAACGUGAGCAGUGGGCGUUGUGCUCUGCUGAACUUUAGUAUAGACACUUCCUGGUUAUAGGGCAGAGUGUUUGGUCAUAGCUCCGUUCCGCGAUGCAGCCGAAUGUGACAGCGUUGUGUGUCCUGUGGGUUGUGGUGUGUACGUGCUACAGUUUCGUCCUCGUCUCGUCCCCAGCAGCUGCGGGGGCCGGAGGGGGCGGCGUCGACGACGGCGUGUUCGCGGCCGGGCACGGCCAGCGCUACAGCCUACAGAGCACGAUCCUGCUGAACGACGCGGCAGCCACGGGCAAGGACGUCGGCUUCCAGGUGACGGGAGAAGUGACGGUGGGCGCCGUGUGGCAGCGCGGCGGCGAGCGUCUGCUCAGGCUGGAGUUGCUGAAUCCUCGGCUACACAUUAAAUCGCGGAAGGCUCCAUCACCCGAAGGCUUUGUUGGCCACGCAUCAAAACUUGACACAACUAAUAACAGUCCAUUUUAUGUUCAUUGGAAUAAUGGAAAAGUGGAGCAUAUGUUUGUGGCCAGUGGUGAAGAUCUCUCAAUGGUGAACCUCAAAAAAGGAAUAGCAAGUCUUUUCCAGUUCCAGUUGCUUGAUGUAGAAACAACAGAAAAGGAUGCAUCUGGGAAAUGCCUUGUGAAAUACACAGCUACAGAUCCACGUUCAUUUACCAAGACCAAGACUGAAUGUGUCUCUCCAAAAACUGUUCCAUACAUUGCACAUCCAGAGCAGGUACUCAGUGCUCUUGUAAAUUCUCAAAGGACAUCUAAAUAUACAAUGACAGGAGACUUACUAGCCAUUGACUCAGUAAUAGCAACUGAAACUCAUGAAAUGUUUGUGGCCAUACGACAAGAUGCUGGUAGUUCUAUAAAAGCUGUCUUAGAAUUAUCUCGAACAGGUCGUUUUGAGAUAACAGAUACAGUUCGAGCUGAAUCAGUUGAUGCAGCUUUGACUCAGGUGCAGGAAAUGCAGAGAACAGAAUUCAGCAAGCAAAUCUUAAUUACAGAACGAGAACCCAGAAUUUGCCAGGAUGAUUGCCCAAAUCUUCAUACAGUGUUAAAGGAAAAUAAGAAAUUUCUGAAGAAGGAUAACCUUGGCACAGUUCGUUCAGCCACUGCUUUCCUCAAGCUGCUAAUGGUAGUAAGGGAAUCAAAGAAAGAAGACCUCUACAAAAUAUUAAAAUACACAAAGAAUGAAGAAACAGUGCUGCAACUGCUGGAUGUGCUUGGUGCUGCACAGACUGCAGCAGCUCAUGAAGCAGCUAUGAAAUAUCUUCAGCUGCGUGAUGAUUCAAAACUGGAAGAGAAUGAAAGAUAUUUUUGGGCUCUCUCUCUUGGUUCACAUCCUAGCCCCCAAAUUGUAAAAGGUGUCUUGAAACUUAGUCAUGAAACAAAUCCAAGUGAGAAGCUGGAAGAAACUAUUAUUCUAACUGCUGCUGCUCUGUCAAAUAGAUUGUCUCAUUUACCAGGAAGUGGACAGCACAAGGUGAUUGAAGAAACAAGAAAAUCCCUUGUUGAUGGGCUCAAUGACUGUAGUUCAGAAGAAUGCAAGCAAAAAUACUUAAGAGCCUUGCGGAAUCUUGGCGAUGGUAAUACAGUGCCAGUACUUCUACAGCAUGCUGUCAAUGGUACCAAAAAGACCAGUGUGACGGCAAUGAAGGCCUUGAGAUCACUUCCAUCAAAGUUCUGGGACCAGACUGUUAUAUCACUAAUGAAACGAAUCUAUUUUCAACUUGACAAAAAGUACGACUCAAGUGCUCGAACCUUAGCCAUAGAUAUUCUGCUCGAAACUAACCCAGACAAAUCUUUCCUCAAGGAAAUUCUGAUAUCGCUGACUUCAUUAGAUACAGCAUAUGAAGUGAAGCAGUACCUCUGGCAAAGAGUGACACAGAUAUCAGAAAGAGAUUUACAAUUCAGGUCACUGGUGAAUGAAAUAAUUACAGAAGAAAAAAGAUUGUUGAAAAAUUACCACGCAAUGGCAUUGAGAGGUCUUUCAACAGCAUUCACAAGAUCUCUAUUUAGCAACCCAUACGGUAAUGCAAGUCUGGUUACUAUACAAGAAAUAUCCAGUGGUUUUUUGAAGAGAGGUACAGUGGAUGUUGUUCUUGAAAUGAAUGGAGAAACAAAGGAAAUUUUCAGUCUUGGACUGUUUGCUGGAGGCCUUAGCUCUCUCAUAUCAUCAGAUGACAGUGAUGAACCUGACGAUGAACCUGCCACUGCUGGUAUGGAUGUUACUGCUCUUGGAGUUCAGUUGAGGCCAUUUAUUUUCUUCAGUGGGCAAGGAGAUCUUAUGGGUCAUGUUUGGUCUGGUACAGCUUCAGAAAAGACUCCUGCUUUCCAGGCACUAGCACUUUUGCACGACCACUUGCAGUACCUCCCACUCCAACCUGGAUUUGUAGCUGAAUUAAGUCUAAUUGGUGCAGUAUCAUUUGACCUAUCUGGCCAGAUUCAGCUCAGUUUGUGGAACAGAAAUGCUCAUUCCUUGGUGGAAAAGAAUGCUGCACUUGUGCUACAAGGAAGAAUGAAAGUUGACACAGAAUUUGUUAGGAGCCAAGCAGAUUUCACCAUAUCUACAGAAUCAAGCCUAAAUCUAGUUUCAGAUAUUGACUUUUCUAAUAACAUUGCACUCUGUCUUCAGUUAAAACAGCCAGACUCAAGUGUGAGACACAAUGUCUUCAAAGUCGAACGUAUUCCUGGUAGCAAACACAGGCUACGCAAGUCAAAAUACAAGGUUAUUCCUGUAUCGGGGAGGACAUUUGCUCUUAACAGAAAGAACAAUGAAAUGUGCAGUGCAAUAUUUGAAAACUGAGUGUUACAAUUAUGCACAAAUGGUUCAUAAUGUUCCUAUGAGACUGAACAUUGUAUUUUAAAAACAGAUCUUUAUGCUGCCACACUACUUGGACCAUGUUCAAAUGUGGUACAUACACAAGCUCUCUCUUAAGUAGCAACAUGUUCUGUUGCAAUGCCAAUGAAGACUGGAUGUGAUAGCUGCUGAUCACUUAACAUUUUUAUUUAUUAUUUUGAUAGUAUAUCAUUUGAAAAGAGUGUAUAUAUUCAAUAAAAAUAUACAUGUGUAAUAUGA